AUGUCAAAGCCCAACACCACUUUCGUGACUGAGUUCCUCUUUGAAGGUUUCUCCAGCUUUCAGUGGCAGCACAGGCUUGCACUCUUUAUGGUUUUCCUGACAUUGUACCUAGUGACUUUGUCUGGCAACGUGAUUAUUAUAACCAUUAUUCGCCUGGACCGUCACCUGCACACUCCCAUGUACUUCUUUCUGAGCAUUUUCUCCAUCUCUGAGACCUGCUACACUGUGACCAUCAUUCCACGGAUGCUUUUGGGUCUCCUCAGCCCUCAACAGACUAUUUCUUUCCAGGGUUGUGCUGCACAGCUCUUCUUUUAUCUAACAUUUGGCAUCAACAACUGCUUCCUGCUGGUAGUUAUGGGUUAUGAUCGCUAUGUGGCCAUCUGCAACCCCCUAAGAUACUCAGUCAUCAUGGGUAAGGCAGCCUGUGUCUACUUGGCAACUGGGUCACUAGGAAUUGGCCUGAGUAUGGCCAUUGUCCAGGUAACUUCUGUGUUUGGCCUGCCCUUCUGUAAUAAGUUUGUCAUCCCCCACUUCUUCUGUGAUGUGAGACCCCUGCUGAAGCUGUCCUGCACAGACACCACUGUCAAUGAGAUUAUCAACUUCGUUGUCAGUGUCUUUGUUCUUGUUCUGCCCAUGUGCCUGAUCUUCAUCUCCUAUGUCCUGAUCAUCUCCACCAUCCUUAAGAUUGCUUCAGCUGAGGGGAGAAAGAAGGCCUUUGCCACCUGUGCCUCCCACCUCACCGUGGUCAUCAUCCACUAUGGUUGUACGUCUAUCAUUUACCUCAAGCCUAAGUCACAGAAUUUUUUGGGGCAGGAUAGACUUAUCUAUGUGACCUACACUGUCAUCACCCCCCUGCUGAACCCUGUUGUCUACAGCCUGAGGAAUAAGGAGGUCAAAGAUGCUGUGCGCCGAGCCCUGGGGCUAAAAAUCCUCUCACCUUAA